GCUGUGAGGCGAUGGCGCGCGGCGGCAGGAGCGUGGGGCGGCCCGCGGCGGCACCGGCACCGGCCAGCCCGGCCCCAGCGGCCCCGGUGCCGGCGGCGCAGCCGGCGCAACCCGGUCUGAUGGCGCAGAUGGCGAGCACGGCGGCCGGCGUGGCCGUGGGUUCCGCCGUGGGACACGUCGUGGGGAGCGCCCUCACCGGCGCCUUCAGCGGCGGCGGCUCCUCCGAACCGGCCAAGGCGGCGGUUCCCGCCCAGGAGCCCAGGCAGCAGCCCGUGUACCAGCAGUCGCCCUACGGACCCUGCCACUAUGAGAUGAAGCAGUUCCUGGAAUGUGCUACCAACCAGAGAGACCUGACCUUGUGCGAGGGCUUCAACGAGGCGCUGAAGCAGUGCAAGAAUAGCAACGGUGUUUCUUCUCUCCUGUGAAGAAUCUGCCCCCUUGUAGGGAAGAGGAGCCUGGUGUAGAGCCCUGCUGCCUGCAGGGAGCAGAAGGAUGGACACGGGAUGAGCUGGAGGGAACAGACUGACCAGACAGGAGUCUUCUAGUGGUAAUUUACUUCUCGACUAGUAGAGAAGGAAAGGAGUGGUUGGACCUGUGGGAAUUCAGAAUUCAGAUAGUGCUGUAUUUAUUACAGAGAAAUAAAGGAGUUUAUUUGGACCUA